AUGAUAUCUCAGGAGCUUAGAGAUCUUUGUCAAUUAUUAUUUCCAGAUUCUACUACAGAAAAUGCCGAAUACUUUGCUGAUAUUACCGAAUAUAUUAAAAAGUUGGGAUCUCAAAAUUGGGAUCUGUUAAAAAAAGAACCUGACAGAUUAACAGAAGAAAUGAAACAUUUGACUGAACAAACUCAGGACUUAGCAUUUACUAAUUACAAAACAUUUGUAGAGACUGCUGGUAUUUCAAAAGCUAUUAUGAAAGACUUGGGCAAAUCCAAGGAAUCAAUAUCAAACUUCCUUGAUACUGCUCCUGAAUUUGUCCAGCAGUGUGAAAAAUUUUCUCAAGUCGCUGGUGGUAUAGUUCAAGAAAAAAAACGUUAUAUUAGUAUUAGAAACCAAAGUGAUAAGUUGUUAGAACUAUUGGAGCUUCCCUCAUUAAUGAGAGAAGCUCUAAACGCUGAAGAUUAUGAGAGUGCCCUAGAUAUAUUUGCAUUUAUUAGAAAUCUUUCAAAACGGUACUCUGAAAUCCCUAUUGUGCAGAGCACAACAAAUGAAAUCAUGACAUUAUGGUUUGAGACCCUGUAUCACUUGUUCAAUCAACUGCAUUACGAUCUUCCGUUGCCUCAGUGUUUGCAAAUCCUUGGCUACUUACGUAGAGCCAACACAGUUUUCAAGUCAACCGAUGAUGAACAGAGUUCAGUGACAUCAUUCGGUUACAAAGGAAAAAAUGUUAUACCAUCAGAUGGAUUACAUUUACAUUUCCUUAAAGCUAGAAAUGCAUGGUUUGAAAAAGCAUUGGAGGAUGCUAGAAAUUCUGAAGAUGCUGAAAAAUUAUUACGAAAAAUUGUUGAGUUACAUAGAAUACAUUUAUUUAAUGUUAUAACCCAGCAUAAAUCCAUAUUCCUGUCAGACACACAGGACUCUAAAGAUGAUGAACUUAAUGGACUUAGUGCUUUGUCUUGUUGGUUAAAACAAAAGGUGGAAGGUUUAGUACAAAUAUUAAAUCAGGAUGUAUGGAAAGAAGAUGAAUCAGGUUUUGAAUCUAUCAUGAACCAGUGUAUGUAUCUCUGUCUGUCUUUUGGCAGAGUUGGUGCUGACUUGAGAUGUGUGCUUACGCCAUUGUUUAGAAACAAUAUCCUUAUGCAGUUUAACGCUGGUAUUGUAAAGGUUGACAAUCAAUUUGAGAAUCAGAUGAAAUCAUACAAAGUGCCGAGUAUCAAGAAUGUAUUAAGGCCGAUAAAUGAAAGUAUGGCAACAGGUCCACCGGAAAAUCUGUUAGAUUAUUACCCAUUGGCUGAAUACUGUAAUGGUAUGCUCAGUAUUUUAAACUCACUACGAGUCACAGCUCCAUUGAAUAUUGUAAAGGAUGUGUAUAAGGGCUUUAAGACAUCUUUUGACAAGGCAACACAAAUAUUGAUUGCAUUCUAUCACAAAGAACAACAAGCUUUUACUGACAUUGAGAAACAGAAUUUUGUAUCUUUAUGUGUUUGUUAUACGGAAGAUCUAGUUCCUUAUAUUGCUAAAUGUCUAUCUUUGUCUUUUCCGCCCAUACAAAUAGCGGAACUGUUAGGCGUCACCUUAACUGUUUUGCAGGAGAGCAAAGUUUUGUAUCUUGAUCAACACGAAAUUUGUAAACCUUUGAAUAGUAUUACUGGAAUUGAUGUUAAUUGA